UUCGUGCGCGCGCGCCGAUCCAAACGCACGCGUCACGUAUAAAUUAAAUAUAUCACCAAAAUACGCGAUGUUACAGAUAUGUACUUUAGUGUGUGUUGUGUUAAGUGACUGAUUGACAAUAUACUGUGGUACGGUCUGUGCUUUGACAUUUUUUGUAACACUGUGUGAAGUGUAUGUGGAUUUUUUCGUACGCGAUCACCAAAGAUUAAGAUGAACCAAAAGUGUAAAGUGUGCGGGGAGCCUGCGGCGGGCUUCCACUUUGGCGCGUUCACUUGUGAAGGGUGUAAGUCGUUCUUCGGGCGGUCGUACAACAACCUGAACUCCAUUACGGAAUGCAAGAACAAUGGCGAGUGCGUGAUCAACAAGAAGAACAGAACGGCGUGUAAGGCGUGUCGACUGCGGAAGUGUCUCAUGGUGGGCAUGUCCAAGUCGGGCUCACGCUACGGCCGCCGCUCCAACUGGUUCAAGAUCCACUGCCUCUUGCAAGAACAACAACAAGCAGCGCAGACACAGUCACCUCCCAGAGUGCCUCCAUCCCCACAUCACAUGGCGCCUCCAUUCCCUCCACAUCUAUUCCCAGGCUUAGCGAGACCUAGAACAAAAGAAGAACUUGCUUUACUCGGCUUAGACGAUUACAAACCUUGCUCCGGCUCCCCAGACUCGCAUCGCAGCGACUCGUCCCCCAAGUUAGACGAGAAAUCUCGCAUCACACAGUCCAGACCGCCAGACAGACCUCUCACGCCGCCGAGAGACUUCGUCCAUUUGCCUCUAGCCAAUAUAUCCUUGCCCCAUUUUCCACAUUCCCCGUUUCUACCGCCGCCGCCGUUCAGCCCGUUCGCACCGAACCACCCUCUGCUGUUCCCUCCCGGCUUCCAUCCGAUGUACUCCAGACAAUUCCUAGAUCAUGCGGCGUUACGGCAAGCCGCUGAAAACAAUAACGAUGUUAGAAUCGACGACCACAACACGGAGUCGUCGAAACGGUUCUUCUUGGAUGAAAUUUUAAAGCAGCAGAGAUCGCAGCCGCCGCAGGAAGACGUGAUAUCUGAAGCGGAGUUCGUGCCGACGCCCCCCGCGGAGAGGAGAACCUCGGAAUCGCCGUUGCAGGAGAAUCCUAUGGAUUUGUCAGUGAAGUCGGACGGUAGAUCGAGUUCGGCCCGGCGGCGGUCGGACGACAGUGAGGCGAUCGCGCCAGAUACCGAGGACGCGGAGUCGGGGAGCGAGCGCGCGUCGGCGAGCGAGGACGAGGCGCCGCCGUACUCGCAGAUGAAGCGGAUCAAGCUGCACCCGCUCGACCUAACCACCAAAGUGUGACGUCACCGUCCCCAACAUUGAUGGCCAGUAUGGAUUGUGAUUGAGGACGAAACGCGUCGCGAUCGCCGCAUUGUUAUCGAAUAAAGAGUCUAUCCAAAUACAUAAUAUAAGUAGAUUAGCGUAUUGGUUUAUACCCGGUUGAUGGAUGUACAAAUUGUGUGUAAAUAAUAAAUUAUUGUAAUCUAAGAUUUAGGUUUAGUUAGUCGGUUUAUUGAGAAUGGCAGCCGGGUGCGACAUUCCGUGACGAAAUUAUAGCGUAUUCGAAUAUAAUUUAUUUCUUAGUAGAAUUGAAUGUGUUUGAUUUAACCAGUGUAUUUCGGGUGCAUUGUUUUUUGUUUAUUUUUAUAUUUUGUUUGUUAAGCUGAGUCAUAGACGCAAUAUAAAUCAGUACUUAAGUAUUUACGCGUGAUGCGUAUAUUUCUUCUAUAUAUAGAGAAAAUAUAUACAUUUUGUAUCGUUACGUAUAUUUUGAUAUUCGUAUAGCGUCAGUUCAGCUCUAUGUUAUAUUGUAAAUUCAUGACAAUUUUGUAUGUUAGUUAUUGAAUACUCGAUUGACUGUAUUCCUAUAUUUGCUCAAGGCUCCUUUAUAUUCCUUGUACUCAUUGUGAUAUAGUCACACAUACUCAGUAAUUGUAUUUUUGGAUGAUGUUUUUUGUAAAUAAUGUAUCGUAGUUAGAACGUUUUAUUAAAUGCAUUCCACGGAAACGUACAAAAUAAAAUAUUCAUGCACUCGA